CAGAAUGAGAUCAUAGUUUAAAGCCUUAGAAGGUGCAUGAAUGACCUUUUAUCAUAUUGAUGGUUACGCUUUCAUGCAAAGUAGAAAGUUAAUAUAAGAGGAUUCGUCUGAAAACAUGAAACACUUAUAAAGGUUUUACCAAUACUUGACCCUACGAUGAAUUAUCUAGAUAAAGCACAACAAGAAAAUACUGUAAUCAUAACUUAUUGUACUUUAUUAAAGGUUUCCGUAAGAAAUGCUUUAAGUGGCCUUGCUUUGGCGGUGGUUAUGGGGGCGGAUACGGCGGUGGCAUGGGUGGCGGUUUUGGCGGUGGAUACGGCAUGGGAUAUGGCGGUGGCAUGGGUGGCGGUUUUGGCGGUGGAUACGGCAUGGGAUAUGGCGGCGGAUAUGGAAUGGGUUAUGGCGGUGGCAUGGGUGGUGGUUAUGGCGGCGGAUACGGAAUGGGUUAUGGCGGUGGCAUGGGAGGCGGCUUUGGUGGUGGAUACGGAGGAGGAUAUGGAAUGGAUGGCUGGGGAGGCAGAAGAUGUAGAUGUAGACACCGAUGCUGGUGGGGAGAGAGUCCAAGUGGCAGGUGUCCUUGGUGUCAAUCUUGCUGUAAAUAGAAAAUCUGGUGUUGUAGGGGCAAGAAAUACUAAAACGUUUCAAGUAAAGACUUUUUUCAGGGAUUAUCUAACAGACAUGUACCGGUUAUCGACUGUGAAUUUUGAGAAAGAUUUCUACAAUAUUAUUUAUUUAUAUUAAAUAAAUCAAGCAUUAUA